CGUCAAACAUGAAGACAAAUUGGAACAAUGGUAUAGAUUAUGGUUUUUCUACUGUAAGAUCGAUGAUGUGGAUACUUGGUCUGUGGCCUUUGCAGAAUGGUGUUAUUUACACUAUACAGUGGCUUGUAAUAUUCGUGAUAGUGUCUCUCACGUUGAUAAAUACGCUGAUAGAAGCUUUCAUAAGCUGCGACGCUCCCAGAGACGGUUUGGAAACUCUUCGUCUAACAGAAAGUUGCAUUCAUGCAUGGUUAAAUAUUAUUUUUCCGCGAAUUUACAUGAAAAAACUCGCUGUUAAUAUCAAUUCUGCGGUCGAUGAUUGGUUGCCUUCAACAAAAAAAGAAUUGCGUGUGAUAAUGAUGGGAUAUGCACGUGCAGGACGACUAGUCGCCCUGACUCAACUCAUCUUUGGAUGUCUGGGAGGCACUUUAUGGUUUACAUCCGUCUUCCUUGUUAAUAAAGAUAAGGUCGCAACUAUAGAAAAUAACACCGCGUGGAAUUUUGUCAUUCCGUCAACGUGUAUAUACAACGGGAUUUCAUAUUCCACGUACAAGGCAAUCUUUGUUAUGCAAAUAAUACAAGGAUUUCUAGUAUUAAUAUCUGAAUGCGCAUGUGACAGCUUUUUUUUCAGCAUCACUAUGCAUCUCUGCGGUCAAGUGGAGCUUCUAAGAGUACAGUUUAUAGAAGUCUUUCGAAAACGCGACGGUGAAAAACAUUGUGAGAACAUUUUCGGACCAGUAGUCAGAAGACAUUGUCAGCUGAUAGAAUUGAACAGAAAUAUUGAAGACGCUUUCAAUAUCAAUAUUUUGUUACGUCUUUUAAUAAUUAGCGUAGUUAUUGCAGUUUCAGGAGUAGGAAUUAUCCUGUCAAUUAAUCGUCACGAUUACAAAGAAUUGAUAAAAAUGGUGACGUCUAUUAAUUUUUUUAUAAUACAGGCCUUUUUAUAUACGUAUGCCGGCGAUAUUUUGCAGAAUCAAAGCGAGUCGAUUUUUUAUGCCAUAUAUAACUCUACAUGGCACGAAAUGUCACCCACCAUGGUGAAGGAUUUGAUAUUCAUUAUGAUGAAAAUGAAAAUCCCUUUUCGGAUCAUAUAUUUCAAUGCAAUUGCAACCAUGAAAUGGAAAAAUGAAGUGUCGUAUGCUAUGACCCCUCUCAAAAUCUUAACUGUGCCUAUAGGUGGUUGGCCUCUGCAAGAAUACAAUAAGUUUGCUUUAGCGCGACAUAUCUUGUCUGCUUGCGGCUUGAGCGUGGUAGUGAUCGUACAAGCUCUCGAGCUCUACUACAAUUGUAUCGGCGCGUACGCGAAUCUCGACGCUUUGACACUUUUGGCAUGCGGGAUUCUCGCUUUAUUAAAAAUAAUAUGGUUUCGCAUAUACGCCGAUAAUCUGAUUUGCAAUUACUCUUCUGCCAUGAACGAUUAUCUCGCACUUGACACCGAGGAAAAGCGCAUUAUCAUGCGAAAGCACGCUUCUUGGGGAAGGAUAAUCUCGAUUAUUGCUUUGUUAAUUACUUAUAUCGAUUCACUCAUCUUCAUCGUGGGACAUGUACCAGUAAGCAGUGAGGGGGGUAAAGUUAAUAUUACCAUUUUAGGCCAUCAGGCGGGAUAUGCUAUCCCAUCGACAUGUAGCGAUUCUCUGUUCCUUCAUAUUACAUUGCACGUUUGCGGCCAACUGCAGAUUUUAAGAACUAGUUUCAUUAAUUUUGAUGUUACCAGCCCGGAUGUUUACAAACGUUUCAAUGCAUUAAUUUUGAGACAUGAUCAUUUGAUCAAAAUGGCUAGAAAACUCGCUGAGAUAGUCAGUUUUGUUUUAGUCGUACAACUAUUUAUCAGCAGUAUGCUUAUAUGCAUAGUAGGAUUUCAAUUUAUUGUUGCAAUGGCAACUAGCGACUUUAGUAUGAUGUCAAAAAGUUUUAUGGUACUUAGUGCUUUUUUGGCACAAUUAACGGUAUAUAGUAUUGUCGGUGAUUAUUUAAAAACACAGAUGGAAGAAGUCGCGCAGUCUGUUUAUCAAUGCGCUUGGUACAAUCUUCCUACAAAAGUGGCAAGAAACAUAGUGUUUAUCAUGAUGUGGAAUCAACUUCCCAUUAAAUUACAAGCUGGUAAUUUUAUUGUGGUGGACCUUGGAACCUACAUGAGCAUCCUAAAAACUUCUGCUUCAUAUUUGUCUGUUUUACGUGUAAUGAUUGAAACAUAA